AUGUUUCCAUGGCAACACAUCCUGUGCAGUAAGGUAACCUGUGUCCCUCUGGUGAGGGUGCAGCAGACCAUUGUCAGUCACAUUAACCCCUGGUUAAACACAGCCAACAUACAGCGUUUUGACGCAAACACAUUUCACAGCAGUGCAGUGCGUGCAGGUCAAACAGGCUUUGACAGCAGUCCACGGGUCUCACUGAAGAACAGUGAGAAAGAGGAUAGAUACCUCUCUAGAGACUAUUACAGAAGCUCUUCAGCCAGAGGAAUAUCAUUCAGUGAAUUUAAUUCCCAUUUCUCUUUCUUCAGGAUGAGGCACAUUAGAUUACAUUAUACUGGGGCUGCAUUCUUCUUCUUGCUGUUCUCUGCAACAGGUGCUGAGCCCUACAGUCUUUUAAAAAUUCUGGAGGGCCUCCAGGCAGAGCCACAGAACUACCCUUCACCCCUGUACUCAUUCUCCCUCUGCAUGGAGAUCAACAACCGCGUCUUCAGCGACGCUCUCCUCAACUCUACCUCACAGCAGUACAAGCGCAUGUAUGCUGAGGUUGCUGGAGUUCUGGACAUCGCCUUUAACUGCUCUGACUGUGACACAAGAGAAACCUAUAGAGGAGUGACAAACAUACAGUUCAGUAACGGGUCUGUGAUCGCAAAUUGUACCCUCCAGUUCCAGACCAUUUUUAUCAACCAUGUUGUGAUCAAGCAUUUGUUCCUGAGGGCCAUAGAUAAUAACACUCAAGUGAACGGUCUUGCAGUCAACAGACAGUACACAGCUGAAACAGUCACACCUGCCUGGCUUUUUCCAAAGUCAACAAGUUUUGCAGAAUCUAGUGCUGAGGGUCUUCCUGGGUGGGCCAUUGCAUUGCUAGUGCUGGCAUGCAUCAUCAUACUGCUUCUCUUCAUCAUCUUACUACUGAUAUGUUUUUGGUGCUGUAGGAGAAAAGAAAAAAAGGAAGAAACACAAACCGUUGCUCCGUAUGAGAGAACGUCUUUCAAAGAACAUCUUGCCAAUCCCACAUAUAUGUCACACACACCUGAGAGGAGCCCCAACUACCGGAGCUUGGGAGAACCAGAAGCACAACAUGGCAACCGAUCCGGGAUGUACACGAUGAAUCCUCAGAGAUGAAAACCACAACACUGCUAUAAGAGAGAGGCAUGGAGUAACGGAUGCUAUGAAGGUCAGGAUGGUAAAGUGGUUUCUCUCAUAGAAGAUGCUGGUUUCUUCAGCAAGUUUCUAAAAAUGUGGACUUGUCAUCAUUACCAUGUGUAAUCUAAGUAUUAUACUCAACUGGAUAGACAAUUAUUUAUUUCUGUACUAUUUAUGAAGCACAGAUAUGGGCAUUUGGGUCUGUGAACUUUUGCAUCUCUGACUCUAUUUCAGUGUAACAUAGGUACG